AUGGUCGUGCCUGUUUCUCAUCAGGUGCUAGGUCCCACGACCCCUCUUUUUGGUUCGUCUGCCCCCGUGACUCAGGUUGCUGCCAGUCGAACCAGCAAGGAAGUUGCUAUCUCCAUUCCACCGGUGGCCAACCAGCACCAGAUGGUCACUCGCGGCAAGACCGGGUUUCGUUUCCUGGUUAAUCACAUGAACCUUCAUGCCUCCACCCUCUCAUCGAUUCCUAAGAUGUACCGUGGUGCUCUGUCAGAUCCUAAUUGGCGUGUUACUAUGACUAAAGAAUUUGAGGCUCUCCAGGCAAACAUCACUUGGGAUCUCAUUCCUCGACUUCCAGGUGCAAAUAUUGUCACCGGCAAAUGGGUCUUUCGUCACAAGUUUCGACCGGAUGGUUCUCUUGGUUGCUACAAGGCUCGUUGGGUUCUUCGUGGUUUCACCCAACGUCCCGGCAUUGGCUUUGAUGAAACUUUCAGUCCUGUCGUCAAGCUCUCUACUGUCCGCACAGUUCUCACAUUGGCUCUCUCCCGUGCCUAG